AUGAUGGCAUUGUGGGCGGCUUAUCCUCCGAUUCGUGUCGCAGGUGUGGGGAAUGAUCUCAUCCGCGGACGGGCCAGCUUCAAGCCGGAGAUUGACGCUGUGGCUUGGACUCGGCCGACACUAUACUUCCACAGUACAGAAUAUAUGCCGAUCACAGAAGAAAAGCAAACCGAAAGAAAGGGAAGGCAGGCGAGUGGAAUACUGAAAUCCCAUUUGCUCUGCUCUGCUCUCUCCGUCAACUGGCCAGCACAAAGUCGACAGCGACCUAAGAAAACUCCAGGUUCGUUGAAAUACAUGCAUGCAUCAUAUCCACCCAAUCCUGCAACCCUGGGCAAGGACAUCCUCCGUCAAAGUGGACUACAACCAGUCCGCGAUAGUCGUAGCAAUUCUACUACGAUGAUACAGUAUGCGGGAAAAGUUGAUCCCGGGUAUACUUCGGCAUUUCCCGCCUAUAGUUCAUAA